AUGGCUAUGAAUGGCGCGGUUACUAUCCGGAAGAUUGGGAAAAGCUGCCAAGCAAUAAAAGAAAGCGAGCAUCACAAAUAUGAGGACAUGAAUGCAGAGCAUGCCAUGCAUUGUUUUCCAAGAAUGACUACUUUGAAUGAUUGCCCUCCGGCUGCAUUUCCGAGGAAUUCACUUCAACCACGUACUUCCAUACAUCAGAGGUCAAGCCCUCUUAAAGCCCAACCAAAGCAAAGCCAGCGAGUCAGUUCGGCUUUAUUGAUGUCCGAAGGUCACCCGAGAGAGGCCUACGGGGCAUUACGAGAGAAAAAGCUCCUAGGCCGUGGGUCAAGACCAGAGAGCUACAGGUACACCUGGGGCAACAGAGCACUCACAGGCGGGGUCGGGGCAAGGGCAGCACGUCACGGAAGUUCUCAGCUUAAUCUUACCGGCGCUAUAUCUUGGGUGCGCGAUAUGGUGGGACUGUCUAGCACAGAGACCCCCAACGCAAAUCGGGGAACCGGAAAGUUCUUCCGCAGAAGUCAGGCAGCUAGUAGACCACCUCAGUGA